GAGAUUAAUUCGAGUUUAGGUACCUUUCAUUUCAAUUAAUUUUGGAUUCAAAUUAUUUUGAUAUUAGUUUAGGUCCAUAUAUUUAAUUUUCAAUACAAAAUGAGACUUAAUUGAAGGGAUUAAUUUUUAAUAAGAUUGGAUCAAAUUUCUGAUUUCAAGACAACUUUUGCCAUUUUUUAGUUGUAUGAUUCUUACAUUAAAGAUGUCUAAUGUCAAAUUGCUGUGAAUCUUUACAGAAAAAAUUAUAUCUAUGCAACACAAGGAAAAACAGUUGAGUGGAGCAAUUACUUUGAAUGAAAAAGAGCCAUAAGUUUGCACCAAAACGGCAUCUCUCUUAAUUUAGUUUCAAAGUUGCUAUAAAUAGUGUGAUUAUGUCCAAUUAAUAUAAAAAGUUUCCCAGUUUUCUGGCUACUAAUAUAGACAAGUGUACAGCAACACAACAAUUGCUCUGUUCAUUCUUUUCUGUAAUAUUUUGGCUUCCUGAAAAAAUGGAGAGAGCAAAUUAUGUUAUCUGUAUAUGAUUUUGGCUUAUUUUCAUUAUAGAAGAAGGCAAAUGAUGAUUAGAGAUGAGGAUCUUGGGCAUGAUUUUGGAGAUGACUUCCAAACAGAUGAUGAAGAGAAUCAGGCAGAGAGGUCCUUUGUAGGAUAUGAUACAGAUACUGAUAAUACACUUAACUUAUCUACUAAUAGCAUGGACCUUAAUAAUAUUCCAUCAUGGCCUCAGAGUUACAGGGGUUCAAUAGACAUGCUUACUAGCCCAUCAAUCAGCUCAUUGAAACUGAGUAAUGUAGCGGGCAUAACUAAUCCCUUAACUUCAUUUUGCAAGAGACGACCAAGUUCUGAAUCUUCUUCUUCUCUACUAACUAAACCCCUCAUUCACCACCAAGUUCCUGAAAAAGAAGAAGUUCCUAUCUCAACAUUGCCAUCAAAGUUAUCUGCAUCAACUCAAUCAAAAUUCUCCUGUAAUGAAUUGCCUCCACCAACCAAACAAAGUUCCUUCGCCCAAGCAGUUCUAAAUGGAAUAAAUAUUCUAUGUGGCAUAGGACUCCUUACAACACCUUAUGCAGUAAAAGAAGGAGGAUGGUUGAGUCUAUUAGUCCUCUUCCUGUUUGGCGUUCUCUGUUGCUAUACCGGUACGUUACUCAAGGAAUGUUUAGAAACCUCACCUCAACUCACAACUUACCCUGACAUUGCCCAGGCUGCUUUUGGAUUCGGUGGUCGUCUAACAAUAUCCAUAUUGCUGUACUUUGAAUUAUAUGCAGCUUGUGUGGAGUAUGUGAUUAUGAUGAGUGAUAAUCUGUCAACAUUGUUCCCAGACACUUUCAUGAGUUUCGCCGGCAGGAAUCUUAAUUCUCAUCAAAUAUUUCCGCUUAUAGCGACCAUUAUUGUUCUUCCCACUGUCUGGCUUCGAGACCUUAGUUUGCUCUCUUACCUAUCAGUUGGAGGAGUUGGCGCGACAAUUUUGAUGUCCGUCUGCUUGUUAUGGGUUGGGACAGUGGACAAAGUUGGGUUUCAUCACAACGGAAUAGCUCUUGAUCUUGCAAAACUACCAUUUGCUGUUGGUAUAUACAGUUAUGGUUUUUCAGGGCAUGCAGUGUUUCCAAAUAUUUACUCCUCCAUGAAAGAUCCAUCCGCCUUUACAUCAGUUCUAAUUAUCAGCUUCAUAUUUUGUUGGUUUAUGUACACUGGAGUAGCUAUAUGUGGGUUUCUGAUGUUUGGUGACACCAUCAAAUCCCAGUUUACAUUGAACAUGCCCACACAACUUGUGGCUUCUAAGAUUGCAACCUGGACAGCAGUUGUGAACCCGUUGACAAAGUAUGCAUUAACAAUAACACCUGUUGCAUUGAGUUUAGAAGAACUUAUGCCUUCAUCAAAUCGGUUUAAAUAUUGCAAUGCAUCGUUGAUUAUCAGAACAAGUUUAGUGAUUUCGACUUUAGUUGUGGCGCAGACAUUUCCAUUCUUCGGUUUUGUGAUGGCAUUUGUAGGAUCUUCACUUGCAAUGCUUGCUGCUGUUAUAUUCCCAUGUGCAUGUUAUCUCCGGAUACUCCGUGGAAGAUUAACCAAGUUUCAGGUAGCAGCUUGUAUUUUUACCAUUAGCGUGGGACUGCUUACAGCUUGCUUUGGUACAUAUUCAUCAGUUAAAAGAAUGGCUGAUAGAGCUCUUUGAUGGAAACAAUUUCUCACAUCUAUAUGUAACCGGAAAAAUUCAAGUCUAGUAGUAGUAGUGAUUUAUAUAGUAUAUAGAGUGUAUUUUACAAUUUUAGAAUAGUAAAUUUGGCUCACAGGAACUCCAACCAGGCAAAAGUUUAUGUUAAAUUAUUUUUGGUUGAUCGAUAAUUUCCGAAA